AGUGAUUAUACAGAGAUUGACAAUUCUAAAUCCAAUUUGUGGAGAAAUUAAGACUUACUAUGUCAUUGGAGAAACAUUAACAGUAUCAUGUCACAAUGAUUCAGAUCCUACUAUUAUUACAACUUUGAAUACAGGAAAUGGAAAAGUCUUGCCUACUUUCUUUAAUAAAAAAACAAGCUACAUUAUGCACAAUUUCACUUUAACAAAAGGGGACCACAAUGCAAUGUUUGUUUGUGAAUUAAGGAGAAAGGGAACAAAUGAGAUCAAAAAUUGCUCAAUAGGCCCCAUCACUGUCAACUACAAACCUGAGAUUAACAUCACACAAAUAUCUCAAAUGGCAUUUCACUGUACAGCAGAGGCUAGGCCUCCUGUAAAUGAAACACACUGGAUUAGAGAGCCUAGUAUUCCAAAAGACAGUUUCACAAUUUCAAAUGGAGUUUUAACAAUCAUUAAACCAAUGGAAGUUGAAUCUGAGAUGAAAAUAACAUGUGAAGCAGAAAAUGCCAUUGGAAAGGGAAACAAGACUUUACGUAUUCCAACUUUGAAUAAUAGGGAUGAAGAAGAUGGAAGUGGAAUAAUUCCAGAUGUGAAUAACAGGGAUGAAGAUGAUGGAUCUCAGAGCACUUCAGUCAUUAUUGUAGUUAUUUGUGUUCUAUUCUGUGUUGUGGUUGCAUUUAUAAUAAUCUUUUUGUUUUUGAGACGAAAGCGAAUUAAAAAUCAACAAACAUCAAAAGGCAGGAAUACGUCACCUAGAUUUAGGAGUGAUGAUCCCCAGGUUGAACUAAAUAAUGAAAUUUAUGAUUAUGCUGCGAUCGACGUCAAUGAAUUCCGCGCAGAUUAUCAGGAAACAGAAAAUGAAAUAUAAGCUGGAGGUGAUAUGUUAAGCAGCGAUGAUAUUAAUGUAGCUAAUAAGAAACAAUCGAAUACAAAACUGAAGGAUUUGGAUCAAAUUAGAGCUCAACCUAACAAAGAUUGCGAAGAACUGAAAAAUGAACAACAGGUUUAUUCUCAAGUGAAUAAACCUGAUUGUAAAGAGUGUGUAAAUGAAAUAUAUCAGGGUCUAAAUAAUUAGAAUAAUGGUCACCAAUGGUCAAUUUAAAAAAGGCAUUCGACACAGUAGACCAUUCUAUAUUAUUAGGUAAAUUAAAACUAUAUGGUGUAAGUAAAUAUAGUCUUGAUUGGUUCAAAUGCUAUUUAAGUGAUCGUGUUCAAAUGAAUGUAUUGAUGGGGCUAUAUCAAACACUAAAAAGGUUCAAUGUGGAAUACCACAAGGUUCUAUUAUAGGUCCUCUUGCAUUUCUUAUG